AUGCUUAUUCUCCCCCUUCUUUUCCUCCUCCCCCUUUCCACCGCCAAACCACCAAAACUAAACUCCAACGGCAUCCCCCCCUUCUCUUCCCUCCCCCUCAACCCCCCGGCCCCUUACCUCUCCGCAUGGGGCCUCUACGGCCCCAACGACGAACUCGGCACCCUCAACCGCCUCUCCCCAGCCAUCGUGGCAGCUGCCUCAAAGACAGAGAUCAAGACAGGCGUGAGAGUGAGUCUCAACUGGGCGAUGAACGCCCAAGGCAACGAAUCCUUCAUCAACCGCGGGAAUUUCGGACACAGGAUCUACCCCGCGGGGCCGUACUACGACGAGGUGUGGGAUUACAACUCCCAGGUGAGCAGUCAUUGGGAUAGUUUAAGGCAUUUUCCUUAUAUACAAGAGAGGAAGUUUUACAACGGGGUUGAGGAUGGGGAUAUUUUGGGGGAGGGGAACGGGACCAGGAAUAGCAUACAUGUCUGGUCGGAAAGGGGGAUCGUCGGACGGGGGGUGUUGGUUGAUUUUCACAGUUGGAGGCUGAAGCAGUUGGAAGGGAGAAAUCCGGAGGAGAGGUUCAAGAGGUUUGAUCCGUUCGUGGGGGAGACGAGUGGGAUUUCGCUGGAGGAUGUGAGGGCUGUGUUGAAGUGGCAGAGGACGAAGGUUAGGUUUGGGGAUAUUUUGAUUGUGAGGUCUGGGUGGACUGUCGGCUUCAACAACAAGACCCGCGAGGAGAUCCUGGCUCUGCAGCGUGCUGGUUCGAUCAGCGCUUCGGGUUUGGAACAGAGUCUUCCCAUGAUGAAGUUCCUCUGGGACAACUUUUCUGCUGUGGCGGGUGAUAUGCCGGGUGUGGAAGCUUAUCCGGCGAGGGCAAACUUCACCAUGCAUGAGGUGUUGCUCGCUGGUUGGGGGUGUCCGAUGGGCGAGUUGUUCGAUCUGGAGGCGCUUGCUGCAGAGGCCAAGAGGCAGAAGCGAUGGAGUUUCUUUUUGACGAGCGAGGUUAUCAACCUGCCCGGCGCUUUGGCUAGUCCGAUUAACGCGCUGGCUAUCUUCUGAGGAGGAAAGCGGAUGGCACCUAAAUUGUGGGUGUAUCAGAACACGUAGUUCAUUGUUUAUUGUGAUUGAUACUAAUGAAAUAGCAACACAUCAACAACAUACAUAGAAAUCAAUGGAGUUGAAUCAAACUGUCUAGUUGU